ACACGUCAAGUCGUCACUUAACCAACCACACUGUUCUUCACAUUAAACGUGGGAGAAGUUGGUGAAUCCCUUUAUUUAUUAAAAGACACCUUCUGCAAUAAGAUAGAAAACCUCUAAGCCCCUUUGGCGGCAAAGAAUUGAACUGUACAUUGAACAGUGGAACUCCAGUGAUAAUAGAAAAGCUCUUAACCUGCAGAAUCUAGAGUGAGUGAGUGAGAGAAAUAGAGAUGUCUUUACCAGUAGUAGCAGUAGCUUUGAUGGUGGUUUUAGCAGCUGUGUUGAUAAGGGUUGUGAACUGGGUGUGGAUAACACCAAAGAAGCUGGAGAGGUACCUGAGAAGACAAGGUCUCCAUGGAACUCCUUACACGCCUCUUGUAGGAGAUAUUAAGAGAAAUGUUAAAAUGUUGAUGGAGGCAAGAUCAGAACCAAUUACUCUAACAGAUGAUAUCAUCCCAUAUCUCCUUCCUCUUGCCUUGAAGAUGUUCAACUCUCACGGAAGGACCUUCUUCAUGUGGACUGGACCUAUUCCAACGAUCAUGAUAACGAAUCCAGAGCAUAUCAAAGAGGUCUUCAGUAAAACUUUCGACUUUGAAGCGACUGUUUCAUCACCUUUGGUCAAACUGUUAGUAGGCGGGCUCGCCAGCUACAAGGGAGAUAAGUGGGCGAGACACAGGAGGAUCACCAACCCUGCUUUCAACCUCGAGAAGAUCAAGAACAUGGUCCCUGUGUUCUACCAUUGUUCCAGCGAGGUUGUGUCCCAAUGGGAGAGACAAGAAUCGUCAUGUGAGGUCGAUGUUUGGCCUUGGCUUGUGAAUCUGACCGCGGAUGUGAUCUCGCAUGCUGCUUUUGGAAGCAGCUAUAGAGAAGGACAGAGAAUAUUUGAGCUCCAAGGUGAACUAUCUGGCAUCAUUGCACAAGAGCAUAAGAAACCUUACAUCCCUGGAAUGAGGUUUUACCCAACAAAGAACAACAAGAGGAUGAAAGCAAUAGACAAAGAGAUAGACACAAUACUGAGAGGUAUGGUGAGCAAGAGGGAAGAUGGAGAAGCAGAACACAAUGAUUUGUUGGGGAUACUUCUUGAAUCAAGUUCAGAGGAAUCUGGAGGAAAUGGUUUGAGCGUAGAAGAAGUUUUGAGAGAGUGCAAGCUGUGUUAUUUCGCAGGACAAGAGACAACUUCAGUACUCUUGGUCUGGACAAUGGUUUUACUAAGCCAUCACCAAGACUGGCAGGAACGGGCGCGAGAGGAAGUGAGGCUAAUACUUGAUGAUAAGAAUAACAAACCCGAUAUAGAGUCUCUUAGCCACCUCAAAGUGAUGAGUAUGAUCUUCUAUGAGGUUUUAAGGCUAAACCCACCGGUGUCUCAGCUUAGAAGAGAAGUCAACAAAGAAGUGAAGCUAGGAAACGUUACACUUCCAGCUGGGGUUAAAGUUUAUAUACCAACUGCUCUUAUUCACCGCGACCCUGAGCUUUGGGGGGAGGAUGCUAGAGAGUUUAAGCCGGAGCGUUUCAGAGAAGGGAUCUCAAAAGCAACAAAGAACCAGGUCUGUUACUCCCCCUUUGGGUGGGGACUGAGGAUCUGCAUUGGUCAGAACUUUUCUCUGCUGGAAGCAAAGAUGGCAAUGUCAUUGAUUCUACUAAAGUUCUCCUUUGAGCUCUCUCCUUCUUAUGUUCACUCUCCUCAGAUAGUCAUGACCACUCGUCCUCAGUUCGGAGCACAUCUCAUCCUCCACAAGCUCUGAUUCUUAUUUUUGUAUUUUCCACGGUGAUAUCAUCAACUGUGUUUUUUUUUCUUUUCUAUAAAGUGUUUAUGAAUGUAAAAGAUGGUACUUCAAAAAUAAUGUUAAAGGGAAGUAGUGUUUACUGUAA